AUGAAGGCUCUCACCCCAGUUCGUCCCCAGAAGGAUUCUUCGAACUGCAGCGAGUUCGCUUUGCGUUGCUUGUCGGAACACAGCCUGAACAUCGCCCGGUGCAAAAUGGAAGAGGAAGAUCUCUUUUGCCUGCAGUACGACAUGAACGACUGCUACACCAGACUGAAGCGCCUUGUUCCCACUAUACCGCAGGAUAAGAAAGUCAGUAAAGUGGAAAUCCUUCAGCAUGUGAUAGACUACAUUCUGGACCUGCAGUUAGCGCUGGAGACUCACCCUGCUCUGCUUAAACAGCAACACGGGACAUGCCCGUCCGGCUCAAACAGGACACCAUUGACGGCUCUCAACACUGAACAGGUAAGCAUCCCCGAGGUUCGUGAUGCAGGGUAG